AUGUCACCUCCCCACGCAGGGGGCCUCCUGCACGCGGCCGCCGUCGCCCCGCCCCGCUGUGACGUCACUUCCCCGCGCCCGGGAAGUCCCGCGAGCGGCCGCCGCCGCCCGGUCCGCGACGUCACCGCUCCGCGCCGCUGCCAUCAUCGCGGCGCGUCUGGCCGGGAGGCGUGCGGCUGGCUGGCAUGGCGCUCUUCCACGUCGCGCGGUACUCCGGCCCCGAGGCGGCCGGGGCGGACAGCGAGGCGGACGGCCGGGCGCGCGCGCUGCUGGAGCGGCUGCAGUGCCGGGCCCGAGAGCGGCAGCAGCAAAAGCAGCCGCAACAGCAGGCGGCCGCACGAACGUCAGAGGCGGCGGGGCGGCGGCGGCGGCGACCGCGCCGACCGCGGAGGCGCGAAGGCAGCGGGGCGCCGGGGAGCCCGCACGCGCCGCCGGGGAAGCGGCGGAAGGUGGACGGCGAGGACGCGCGCGCAGGGAGCAGCGAGGAGGCGCCGGGCGAGAGCGGCGCGGACGCCGAGGGCGCGGGGCCGCCGGAGCACCCAGGCGGACGGCCCCUGGGAGAGGCGUCGGGGCCUCCAGCCCACGCCCUGCUGCUCGGGGGCUUUGGGAGAAGCAGGGCGCCCAAGGUCCAGCCUUUCCUGCCUUCAUGGCUGGCUGAGCCCAGCUGUGUUGGAAGGAGUGUCACUGAAGACUCGGUGCCUAUCGAGCACAUCCCCGCAGUGCACCCCGACAUGCAGAAGAAACUGCGGGCACACGGCAUCUCGUCCUACUUCCCAGGCAGCAGUGGUCCCUGCCCUCCUGGAGAGCACAGCCAACGGGUUUCUGGUGGCCAGAGGUGGCUACCGGCCCAGAGACCUUUGUGUUUCUGCCCCGACAGGCAGCGGGAAGACUUUGGCCUUUGUCAUCCCUGUGGUACAGGCCCUGCUCGGUCGAGCUGUCUGCCAGGUCCGUGCCUUGGUUGUGCUGCCCACUAAGGAGCUGGCCCAGCAGGUGAGCAAAGUGUUCAACAUCUACACAGACGCCACACCUCUGCGUGUCGCCCUGAUCACCGGGCAUAAGUCACUGGUCAAGGAGCAGGAGAGUCUCGUCCAGAAGACAGCAGACGGCUUCCGCUGCUUGGCUGAUGUGGUGGUGGCCACCCCAGGCCGCCUGGUGGACCACAUCGACCAGACUCCAGGAUUCAGCCUCCAGCACCUCCGAUUCCUGGUCAUCGACGAGGCCGACCGCAUGAUAGACAGCAUGCACCAGUCCUGGCUGCCCCGGGUGGUGGAGGCAGCCUUCCCGAGCGAUGGUGCCAAGGAUCCCUUUGUCCUGCUCCAGAGGCGGCAGCCCCAGGCCCCCACCGCCGCCAGUAUCUCUUGUCCUCAGAUGCCCCUGCAGAAGCUGCUCUUCUCGGCCACCCUGACGCAGAAUCCAGAGAAGCUGCAGCAGCUGGGCCUCCACCAGCCCUGGCUCUUCUCCACGGGGCUGACGCGCAGAGACCCGGGAGACAGUGACACAGACAGGGACUCAGGCGGGAAGUACGCCUUCCCAGCCGGACUCUCGCACCACUACGUGCCCUGCAGCCUCCGCACUAAGCCACUGGCCAUCCUGCACCUGAUCCUGGAGAAGAAUUUCUCAAGGGUCCUCUGCUUCACCAACUCCCGUGAAAACUCCCACAGGCUCUUCCUGCUAGUCCAGGCGUUCGGAGGCAUGACGGCGGCUGAGUUCUCCUCCCGCCGCGGGCCCGGCCAGAGGAAGGCAGUCUUGAAGCAGUUUGAGCAGGGCAAGAUUCAGCUCCUCAUCAGCACAGACGCCACCGCUCGAGGCAUCGACGUGCAGGGCGUGCAGCUGGUCGUCAACUACGACGCCCCCCAGUACCUGCGCACCUACGUGCACCGGGUCGGAAGAACCGCCCGCGCUGGGAGAACCGGACAGGCAUUCACUCUGCUCCUCAAAGUGCAGGAGAAGAGAUUCCUCCGCAUGCUAGCGGAAGCCGGGGUGCCAGACAUGACGCGGCACGACGUCCCCAGUGAGUUUCUGCAGCCGCUGGUCCCGCGGUACGAGGAGGCCUUGUCCCAGCUGGAGCGAGCCAUCAAGGAAGAACGAAGGCAGAAGGCGCCCUGACGGGCUCGGGGGACAGGCGAGCUGAGCCCCCUGCAGAGCAAACCCUUCUAUCC